AAGGCACCGACAACCAGGUCGCCGAUUAUAAGUAUAUAUGGCCUAGAUUCACAAUCUACCUUAAAUCUAGAAGAAUGGGACAAACUCGCUGUUGACAUUGACCUAAAUACUAUUAGACUCAAUACGACGAUUUCCCCUAACAGCGACGAUACCCAUAUAAACAACGGUCCACCUCCCCUCUCUGAUCCACAUAAAGAUGACCUCCAAACCUCUACUCCCCAAACUAAUUGUGAGCCCAAUAACGACCCUGACCUCAUCAUAACCAAUGUCCACAACCUAUCCUGGUCUCAGAUCCUUGAGAUUCAACAAAUCCUUCGAGAAAACUUACCGAUACCGCAAAUAUACCAGAACAUUAUCCACAUAUUUACGUGGGUUAACAACAAUUUUUAUAUCUUUUACCACCAGCAACUUCAUCACAUUUUAACUGACAUCGACUAUAUUCACAAAGCCACUUUAGUACACAACAGAUUCCAUUCCUGUCAUCGUGUACUUGAACAAACCAUGACUCAAGAAAAGUAUUGGAAUCCCAAACACUCGAUAUUAUUACUGGAUAUAGUUCGGAACUGCCAACACUGUGAGAAAUACCAACGUUUCAUCGACUUACCAGUCGAACUACCAAAAAUGAAAGUUACUCCACCACUCACCCGAUGGCAUUUCGAUUUUGCAGGACCUUUCCCAUCUUCGAAUGAUUAUCAAUAUUUCAUUCUCGCAGUAGAUUAUACUUCGAAUAUUACAGUUACGAAACCUAUUAAAUCACCUGACUCCAGAGCGGUUAGCUUCAACAUAAAUAUGGUAACAUUUUCACCAUCGAUCAAUUGGCGAUUGACUAUUUCAUCUUCUGCUAUUGAAGAGGCCUUCUGGAAGUUGAAAAAUUUGUAG